AUGGGGAUUCCAACAGCCCCCUCCCUGUGGGGAUUCUCACAGCCCCCUCCCCAUGGGGAUUCUCACAGCCCCCUCCCCAUGGGGAUUCCAACAGCCCCCUCCCUGUGGGGAUUCUCACAGCCCCUCCCCAUGGGGAUUCUCACAGCCCCCUCCCUGUGGGGAUUCUCACAGCUCCCUUCCCCAUGGGGAUUCUCACAGCUCCCUCCCUUUGGGGAUUCCCACAGCCCCCUUCCCCAUGGGGAUUCUCACAGCUCCCUCCCUGUGGGGAUUCCAACAGCCCCCUCCCUGUGGGGAUUCCAACAGCUCCCUCCCCAUGGGGAUUCCAACAGCCCCCUUCCCCAUGGGGAUUCCCACAGCCCCCUCCCCAUGGGGAUUCCCACAGCCCCCUUUCCCCUGGGGAUUCCCACAGCCCCCUUCCCCAUGGGGAUUCCCACAGGCCUCCUCCCCGUGUGGAUUCCCACAGCCCCCUUCCCCAUGGGGAUUCCCACAGCCCCCUUCCCCAUGGGGAUUCCCACAGCCCCCUUCCCCAUGGGGAUUCCCACAGCCCCCUUCCCCAUGGGGAUUCCAACAGCCCCCUCCCCGUGUGGAUUCCAACAGCCCCCUCCCCGUGUGGAUUCCAACAGCCGCCUCCCCAUGGGGAUUUCCAAAGGCCCCUCCCCGUGUGGAUUCCCACAGGCCCCUCCCCGUGUGGAUUCCCACAGGCCCCUCCCCGUGGGGAUUCCAACAGCUCCCUCCCCAUGGGGAUUCCCACAGGCCCCUCCCCGUGUGGAUUCCAACAGCUCCCUCCCCGUGUGGAUUCCCACAGCCCCCUCCCGAUGGGGAUUCCCACAGCCCCCUCCCCAUGGGGAUUCCCACAGGCCCCUCCCCGUGGGGAUUCCAGGGUAA